GACGGCCUUACCCCCCUGCACUGUGGAGCGCGGAGCGGACAUGACCCCGCCGUAGAACUGCUGCGGGAAAAGGGGGAGCCCCCCACGGGGGGGAAAGGGCCAGGUACACAACACCCCAAAACAAAACAAUACCACACAAAACAAAACCCACACCCAAACACACACACACACCACACACACACACAAAACACACACACACCAACACUACAACCAACCCCCACACACACACAACCCCAAAACAAAACACCAAACACAACCAACACCAAACACACACAACCACACACACACACACACAAACAAAACACACACACUACAACACACACACACACACAACACACCCACACCACACAACAAACACACACCCCACCCAAAAACACACCACCACACACACACAAAAACCAAUAAAACCACACCCACACCCCAACCCCAAACACACACACACAAAAACCCCAAACACACACACACACACACACCCCAACACAAUACAACACCAACCACCUCACCAAACCACACAAACAAAACACCCAACAAAUAAAACCCAACCACACAUAAACCCAACACACAAUACCCACCCCACACACACACAAACACACACAUAAAAAACAAACCACACGAAUAAUUCUUAUGUUUUGGUGAGAAUUUUCGCCACUUUGUUUUAUGAGACUUACGGGGGAUAGAACGAGGAGGAGGGUAGAAAGAACUCCGGGGUUACAGAAACAACAAAAAAUUCCCCCCCCUUUUUUUUUUUAAAAAAUUUUUUUUUUGGGGGGUGACGUUUUCCCGUUUUUUUUUUGAAAAAAUUUUUUUUAAAAAGAGGGAAAGGGGGGGGAAAAAGAAGUAGAAGAAAAAAACAAAAACAAAAAAAAAAGGGGGAUUGGGAAAAAAAAGUCAAAAAAAUAAAAAAAAAAAAAAAAACGGGGGGGGGGGGAUAAAAGGGGUUAAAUUUAAAAAAAGGGGCCCCCCAAACCCCCCGAAUUUUUAAAAACCCCCCCUUCUCCCCCCUUCUUCCCCCCCCUUUUUUCCCCCAUCUCCCCCCUCUUCCCCUCCCCCCUUAAAGGUUUUCUCCGCCCUCCACAUUCCCCCAGGGAACCCUUUGGAGGUUAAAACACCUGCGCAGAACAAGGCGCGUUGAGAUUUACCCUGGAUACCUGACGGCCUGCUUCGCCGCCCACUGUGGGGAUACAGAUCACCAACUGCUGUUUGGACAAGAGGGCCAACCCCCAAAGUCAGGGCACUGGUAGGCCAACCCACAAACACACAUGGUAAAAUAACAACACACACUGGAAACCUAAUACACACACACCACUGGUACGGGCCCCAAUACCCACACGGUACAACCAAUACAACAAACUGGUACGGACCUAAUACACACCCCUGGGACACCCAAAACCCCCGGUAAACCUAUCACCCAAAAACGGUACGGGCCCAACACACACACACUGGUACAACCUAAAAAAACAACAAUGGAGGACCUAACACACACACACGGUACAACCCCAAUAACACCCCCUGGAGGGGCCUAACAGACAAAAAUGGAAAACCAAAACCAACCCCUGGGACGGACCUAAACACACAAACCCCCUGGUACAACCUAAACACACCAUGGUACAACCUAACCCCACACACACUGGGACGGGGCCAACACACACACCUGGUACAACCAAACACACACACUGGUACGGACCCCAACCACACACCUGGGACAACCUAAUACACACCACUGGACGGACCCCCAAAAAGACAACACUGGGACAACCUAAUACACCACACAUGGACAAACCCAAUACCACACACUGGUAUGGAUUAUACACACAACUGGUAAACCUAAUACACACACAAGGGACAACCAAAACAAAAACACCUGGUAUGGACCUAAUACACACACACUGGUACAACCUAAUACACACACACUGGUAUGGACCUAAUACACACACACUGGUAUGGACCUAAUACACACACACUGGUAUGGACCUAACACACACACACUGGUACAACCUAAUACACACACACACACACACACACUAACACAAUUUAUUUUUCACUAGUUGAUUCAUGUCACCACAAUACAUAUCUUUAAAGUAACCACAACGUUAGUUGAAUGUUUUGAGUUACGUUGUUUUGAACGUUUUUUUUUUCUCAUAACGUUGCCGUGUGGUUUUUCCCGUGCGGCCAGAACGGGUUCACUCCGCUGCACAUCGCCUGCAAGAAGAACCGAGUGAAGGUGAUGGAGCUGCUGGUGAAAUACGGAGCCUCCAUCCAGGCCGUGACGGAGUCUGGUCUGACCCCUAUCCAUGUAUCAGCCUUCAUGGGUCACCUCAACAUGGUGCUGAUGCUGCUGCAGAGCGGAGCCUCGCCUGACGUCUGCAACAUCGUGAGGACGGGAUCAAAUCAAAUCAAAUGUUAUUGGUCACGUACACACGUUUAGCAGAUGUUAUUGCGGGUGUAGCGAAAUCGCUUGUGUUCCUAGAUCCAACGGUGCAGUAGUAUCUAACAAUACACAACAUAUACACACGAAUCUAAAGGUAGAAGAAUAUAAUUAAGAAAUAUAUAAAUAUUAGGAUGAGCAAUCUCUGAGUGGCAUUGACUAAAAUACAGUAGAAUACAGUAUAUACAUAUGAAAUGAGUAAAGCAGUAUGUAAACAUUAUUAAAGUGACUAGUGUUCCAUUAUUAAAGUGACCAGUGAUUCCAUGUCUACAAAUCUACACACCCACUUCCUGUGUUUUACAGUCAGUAUUGACCAAUCACAACAUACUUUUUAGCUGGUAGUGGAGGUGGUUGUGUUUGUGUUCUAAUGGUGUGUGUUCUAAUGGUGUGUGUUCUAAUGGUGUGUGCUCUAAUGGUGUGUGUUCUAAUGGUGUGUGUUCUAAUGGUGUGUGUUCUAAUGGUGUGUGCUCUAAUGGUGUGUGUUCUAAUGGUGUGUGUUCUAAUGUGUGGUUGUGUGUGGUUGUGUGUGUGUGUGUGUAGCGUGGUGAGACAGCGUUACACAUGGCUGCCCGAGCUGGUCAGAUGGAGGUGGUUCGAUGUCUCCUGAGGAACGGAGCUCUGGUCGACGCCGUGGCAAGAGUGAGUCAUUUAGUGUGUGUGUGGGAUUUCUAAUGUUUUUGCUAUUGUUGUCAACCGUGCGAAUGACAGCCAAUCAUAAUUCUGGAAGUUGUACACACAACAACUGGCCAGACAGACCAGUCACAGUAACAACUGGCCAGACAGACCAGUCACAGGAACAACUGACCAGACAGACCAGUCAAAGUAACAACUGGCCAGACGGACCAGUCACAGUAACAAUUGGCCAGACAGACCAGUCACAGGAACAACUGACCAGACAGACCAGUCACAGUAACAACUGGCCAGACCAGUCACAGUAACAACUGGCCAGACAGACCAGUCACAGUAAAAACUGGCCAGACAGACCAGUCACAGGAACAACUGACCAGACAGACCAGUCACAGUAACAACUUGCCAGUAACAACUUGCCAGACAGACCAGUCACAGUAACAACUGGCCAGACAGACCAGUCACAGUAACAACUGGCCAGACAGACCAGUCACAGUAACAACUGGCCAGACAGACCAGUCACAGUAACAACUGGCCAGACAGACCAGUCACAGUAACAACUGACCAGAUCAGUCAGACUAACAACUGGCCAGACGGACUGCAGUAAAAAGCUACUUUGCAGCGCCGUUCAAAUACUAUUUUAUUUAACUUGUGGAUUUUUAUUCCUUCAUUACUACUGGUGUGUAAUUGACAUUUGGUGCUUUUUGCAGGUGAAAUGACACUAGCCAACUAGUCUGAGACCAGUUCUAUUUGCAGGUGAAAUGACACUAGCCAACUAGUCUGAGACCAGUUCUAUUUGCAGGUGAAAUAUGACAUGUAUAGCCAGGGAAGGAAGUUAGCCCACUAGCUUGAAGUCAGUCAUUUUUAGACCACCUAGUUGAAAAUGUGCCAAACUAACCCAAUGGCUAGUAAAAUGUUGUCUUUUCAAAUAUGGCAUUUACACAGAAUGUCACCCGGGGGGGCUGGGAUACAUGGUGGUUAACCAGCCGAGAGCUGGCCAGCACCCUAAAGCCUUCAGUUCCAUCCCUGCAGGAGGACCAGACCCCCCUCCACAUCGCGUCCCGUCUGGGGAAGACAGAGAUCGUCCAGCUGUUACUGCAGCACAUGGCUCAUCCUGACGCCUCCACCACUAAUGGAUACACUCCUCUACACAUCGCUGCCAGGGAGGGUCAGUUAGAGACAACCGCUGUGUUGCUGGAGGCUGGGGCUUCACACUCACUGGCUACCAAGGUAGGAUACACACAACUACACACACACAACUAUACACACUAUACACACACAACUAUACAGACAAACACACACAACUACAGUGGGGGAAAAAAGUAUUUAGUCAGCCACCAAUUGUUCUCCCACUUAAAAGAUGAGAGAGGCCUGUAAUUUUCAUCAUAGGUACACGUCAACUAUGACAGAGAAAAUGAGAUUUUUUUUUCCAGAUAAUCACAUUGUAGGAUUUUUAAUGAAUUUAUUUGCAAAUUAUGGUGGAAAAUAAGUAUUUGGUCAAUAACAAAAGUUUCUCAAUACUUUGUUAUAUACCCUUUGUUGGCAAUGACACAGGUCAAACGUUUUCUGUAAGUCUUCACAAGGUUUUCACACACUGUUGCUGGUAUUUUGGCCCAUUCCUCCAUGCAGAUCUCCUCUAGAGCAGUGAUGUUUUGGGGCUGUCGCUGGGCAACACAGACUUUCAACUCCCUCCAAAGAUUUUCUAUGGGGUUGAGAUCUGGAGACUGGCUAGGCCACUCCAGGACCUUGAAAUGCUUCUUACGAAGCCACUCCUUCGUUGCCCGGGCGGUGUGUUUGGGAUCAUUGUCAUGCUGAAAGACCCAGCCACGUUUCAUCUUCAAUGCCCUUGCUGAUGGAAGGAGGUUUUCACUCAAAAUCUCACGAUACAUGGCCCCCAUUCAUUCUUUCCUUUACACGGAUCAGUCAUCCUGGUCCCUUUGCAGAAAAAACAGCCCCAAAGCAUGAUGUUUCCACCGCCAUGCUUCACAGUAGGUAUGGUGUUCUUUGUCCUCCAAAACACGACGAGUUGAGUUUUUUACCAAAAAGUUAUAUUUGGUUUCAUCUGACCAUAUGACAUUCUCCCAAUCCUCUUCUGGAUCAUCCAAAUGCACUCUAGCAAACUUCAGACAGGCCUGGACAUGUACUGGCUUAAGCAGGGGGACACAUCUGGCACUGCAGGAUUUGAGUCCCUGGCGGCGUAGUGUGUUACUGAUGGUAGGCUUUGUUACUUGGUCCCAGCUCUCUGCAGGUCAUUCACUAGGUCCCCCGUGUGGUUCUGGGAAUUUUGCUCACCGUUCUUGUGAUCAUUUUGACCCCACGGGGUGAGAUCUUGCAUGGAGCCCCAGAUCGAGGGAGAUUAUCAGUGGUCUUGUAUGUCUUCCAUUUCCUAAUAAUUGCUCCCACAGUUGAUUUCUUCAAACCAAGCUGCUUACCUAUUGCAGAUUCAGUCUUCCCAGCCUGGUGCAGGUCUACAAUUUUGUUUCUGGUGUCCUUUGACAGCUCUUUGGUCUUGGCCAUAGUGGAGUUUGGAGUGUGACUGUUUGAGGUUGUGGACAGGUGUCUUUUAUACUGAUAACAAGUUCAAACAGGUGCCAUUAAUACAGGUAACGAGUGGAGGACAGAGGAGCCUCUUAAAGAAGAAGUUACAGGUCUGUGAGAGCCAGAAAUCUUGCUUGUUUGUAGGUGACCAAAUACUUAUUUUCCCACCAUAAUUUGCAAAUAAAUUCAUUAAAAAUCCUACAAUGUGAUUUUCUGGAGAAAAAAAAUCUCAAUUUGUCUGUCAUAGUUGACGUGUACCUAUGAUGAAAAUUACAGACCUCUCUCAUCUUUUUAAGUGUGAGAACUUGCACAAUUGGUGGCUGACUAAAUACUUUUUUCCCCCACUGUAUACAGAGAAACACACAACUAUACAGAGAAACACACAACUAUACAGAGACACACACAACUAUACAGAGAAACACACACAACUAUACAGAGACACACACACAACUAUACAGAGAAACACACAACUAUACAGAAAAACACACACAACUAUACAGAGAAACACACAACUAUACAGAGAAACACACAACUAUACAGAGAAACACACACAACUAUACAGAGACACACCACAACUAUACAGAGAACACACACAACUAUACAGAGAAACACACACACACACACACACAACUAUACAGAGAAACACACAACUAUACAGAGACACACACAACUAUACAGAGACACACACAACUAUACAGAGACACACACACACCUACAUAUACAACACACACCUAUCUCCGAGACAACAACAACUAUACAGAGACCACCACUAUACAGAGACCACACACUAUACAUAAACACAACACAACUAUACAGAAAACACACAACUAUAACAUAAACAACACAACUAUACAGAGACAACACCAACUAUACAGAGACACAACACAACUAUACAGCGAAAACCACCAACUAUAACCGAGACAACACACAACUAUACAGAGACACAAAACACACACUCAACCUAUAACAGAGACACACACACAACUAUCAGAGACCACACACAACUUAUUACAGUAGACAACACACGACACCCCCACACACACUAUACAUAACACACACACAACUAAAUCCAUAGAACACCCAACUAUACAGGAAACACACAACUAUACAGAGAAACACACACAACUAUACAGAAGACACACCCAACUCUACAGAGAACACACACACAACUAUACCGAUACACACACACAAUAUAACAGAGAAACACACAACUUAUCCAGAGAAACCAAAUAUACACACACAACAUACAGAGAAACACACACAACUAUACAGAGAAACACACAACUAUACAGAGACACUGAUUGUACAAAACAUUAAGGACACCAUGCUCUUUCAUGACAGACUGACCAGGUGAAUCCAGGUGAAAGCUAUGAUCCCUUAUGAUGUCACUUGUUAAAAUCCACUUCAAUCAGUGUAUAUGAAGGGGAGGAGACAGGUUAAAGAAGGAGUUUUUAAGCCUUGAGACAAUUGAGACAUGGAUUGUGUAUGUGUUGCCAUUCAGAGGGUGAAUGGGCAAGACAAAAGAUGGAAGUGCCAUUGAACGGGGUAUGGUAAUAGGUGCCAGGCGCACCGGUUGUAGUGUGUCAAAAACAUACAACGCUGCUGGGUUUUUCACGCUCAAACAGUUUCCCGUGUGUAUCAAGAAUGGUCCACCACCCAAAGGACAUCCAGCCAACUUGACACAACUGUGGGAAGCAUUGGAGUCAACAUGGGGCCAGCAUCCCUGUGGAGCGCUUUUGACACCUUGUAGAGUCCAUGCCCCGAAGAAUUGAGGCUGUUCUGAGGGCAAAUGGAGGGAAUGAAACUCAAUAUUAGGAAGGUGUUCUUAAUGUUUGGUAUACUCAGUGUAUAUAUAUAUAUAUACAGUGCAUUCAGAAAGUAUUCAGACCCCUUCGCUUUUUACACAUUUUGUUACGUUACAGCCUUAUUCUAAAAUGGAUUUUAUUUUUUCAUCUCAUCAAUCUACACACAAUACCCCAUAAUGACAAAGUAAAAACUUUGUAUAUCACAUUUACAUAAGUAUUCAGACCCUUUACUCAGAAGUUUGUUGAAGCACCUUUGGCAGCGAUUACAGCCUCAAGUCUUCUUGGGUAUGACGCUACAAGCUUGGCACACCUGUAUUUGGGGAGUUUCUCCCAUUCUUCUCUGCAGAUCAUCUCAAGCUCUGUCAGGUUGGAUGGGGAGCGUCGCUGCACAGCUAUUUUCAGGUCUCUCCAGAGAUGUUCGAUUGGGUUCAAGUCCGGGCUCUGGCUGGGCCACUCAAGGACAUUCAGAGACUUGUCCCAAAGCCACUCCUGCGUUGUCUUGGCUGUGUGCUUAGGGUCGUUGUCCUGUUGGAAGGUGAACCUUCACCCCAGUCUGAGGUCCUGAGCGCUCUGGAGCAGGUUUUCAUCAAGGAUCUCUCUGUACUUUGCUCCGUUCAUCUUUCCCUCGAUCUUGACUAGUCUCCCAGUCCCUGCCGCUGAAAAACAUCCCCACAGCAUGAUGCUGCCACCACCAUGCUUCACCGUAAGGAUGGUGCCAGGUUUCCUCCAGACGUGACGCUUGGCAUUCAGGCCAAAGAGUUCAAUCUUGGUUUCAACAGACCAGAUAAUCUUGUUUCUCAUGGUCAGAGAGUCUUUAGGUGCCUUUUGGCAAACUCCAAGCGGGCUGUCAUGUGCCUUUUACUGAGUAGUGGCUUCCUUCUGGCCACUCUACCAUAAAGGCCUGAUUGGUGGAGUGCUGCAGAGAUGGUUGUCCUUCUGGAAGGUUCUCCCAUCUCCACAGAGGAACUCUGGAGCUCUGUCAGAGUGACCAUCGGGUACUUGGUCACCUCCCUGACCAAGGCCCUUCUCCCCCGAUUGCUCAGUUUGGUCGGGCGGCCAGCUCUAGGAAGAGUCUUGGUGGUUCCAAACUUCUUACAUUUAAGAAUGAUGGAGGCCACUGUGUUCUUGGUGACCUUCAAUGCUGCAGACAUUUUUUGGUACCCUUCCCCAGAUCUGUGCCUCGACACAAUCCUGUCUCGGAGCUCUAUGGACAAUUCCUUCGACCUCAUGGCUUGGUUUUUGCUCUGACAUGCACUGUCAACUGUGGGACCUUAUAUAGACAGGUGUGUGCCUUUCCAAAUCAUGUCCAACCAAUUGAAUUUACCACAGGUGGACUCCAAUCAAGUUGUAGAAACAUCUCAAGGAUGAUCAAAGGAAACAGGAUGCACCUGAGCUCAAUUUCGAGUCUCAUAGCAAAGGGUCUGAAUACUUAUGUAAAUAAGGUAUUUCUGUUUUUUAUUUGUAAUAUAUUUGUAAACAUUUCUAAAAACCUGUUUUCGCCUUUCCAUUAUCGGGUAUUGUGUGUAGAUUGAUGAGUAAAAACAUUAAUUUAAUCAAUUUUAGAAUAAGGCUGUAACGUAACAAAAUGUGGAAAAAAUGAAGAGGUCUGAAUACUUUCCGAAUGCUCUGUAUACUCACACAAACACACACACACACACACACACACACACACACACACACACACACACACACACACACACACACACACACACACAACUGGCCACCAAUGUAGGACACACACAUAACUACAUAUACACACACACAAAGCUGUAUCUACCUCCUCUCCUCUACAUGUAUCCUUCCCCCCUUACAGAAAGGAUCCUCACUCUACAUGUAUCCUUCCCCCCUUACAGAAAGGAUCCUCACCAUCUACAAUGUAUCCUUCCUCCCCCUAACAAGAAGAUCCUCACCUCUACAUGUAUCCUUCCCCCCUUACAGAAAGGAUCCUCACCUCUACAUGUAUCCUUCCCCCCUUACAGAAAUGAUCCUCACCUCUACAUGUAUCCCUCCCCCCUUACAGAAAGGAUCCUCACCUCCACAUGUAUCCCUCCACGCCCUACAAAAGGAUCCUCAACCUCUACAGGUGCCCUCCCCCCGAUCCCUCCCCCCUUACAGAAAGGAUCCUCACCUCUACAGUUCCUCUCCCUUUUCCCCCCUUACAGAAAGGUAUCAUCACCUCUACCACUGUAUCCCUGAUCCCUCCCCCCUUACAGAAAGGAUCCUCACCUCUACAUGUAUCCUUCCCCCCUUACAGAAAGGAUCCUCACCUCUACAUGUAUCCUUCCCCCCUUACAGAAAGGAUUCACUCCUCUACAUGUAGCAGCCAAGUAUGGAAGCCUGGAGGUGGCAAAACUCCUCCUGCAGCGCAAAGCUAUGCCCGACGACGCCGGCAAGGUAUUAUCAUAGACAUACAGCAACUAGAGCUGGUGUUAUCAUAGAAAUACAAUAACUAACUGGUCUUAUCACAGAAAUACAAUAACUGAAAUAACAAUAACUAGAACGGUCUAUCACACCAGAAAUCAAAUAACUAAAAUACAAUAACUAGAACUGCUGUUAUCACAGAAAUACAAUAACUAGAAUGGUGUUAUCAUAGAAAUACAAUAACCAGAAUGGUGUUAUCAUAGAAAUACAAUAACUAGAAAUGGUCUUAUCACAGAAAUACAAUAACUAGAAAUACAAUAACUAGAACUGGUCAUAUCACAGAAAUAAAAUAACUAGAAAUACAAUAACUAGAAUGGUGUUAUCAUAGAAAUACAAUAACUAGAAUGGUGUUAUCACUAGAAUGGUGUUAUCAUAGAAAUCGAUUAUAGAAGGAGAGAGAGAGGGCACAAGGAGAGAAUGAAUAGAGAGAAGGAGAGAGAUGACAGAGAAGGAGAGAGAGAGAGAGAGAGAGAGAGAGAGAGAGAGGGCAGAGAAGGAGAGAGAGCGAGAGAUGAACAGAGAAGGGAGAGAGAAGAGAGAGAUGAGAGAGAGAGGGAGAAGAGGAGGCAGACGAAGGAGAGAGAGAUAGAGAGAGGCUUUUCCUCUCCUUCAUCCUCUCUCUCUCUCUUUUCCCCUUCCUUAUCUUCCUUUCUCUCUCUAGCUCUCUUUCUCUCUUCCCCUCUCCUUCGCUCUCCUCUCUCUCUCUCUUUCGAUCUCCCUUCUCGUCUCUCUCUCUCUUCCCUCUCCUCUCUGCUCUCUUCUUCUGUCCUCUCCUUCUCCUCUCUCUCUCUUUCCUAUCGUCCUUCUCUCUCUCCUCUCUUUCUCUCUCCUCUUCUCUCGUCUGUUUCCUUCCUUUCUGCUACUCUCUCUCUUUCUCUCUCUCUUUCUCGCUUUUUCCCCCCCCUCUCCUUCUCUCUCUCUUUUCUCUCUCAUCUCUCUCUUCUGCUCUCUCUCUCUCGUCUCUCUCUCUCUCUCCUCUACAGUAUAUAUCAGAUGUAGCUAUAGAGUCAUAGCUCUAUCUCUCUCAGAUCUCUCUACAUCUAUUGUUACGAAUAUUUAGAGUUUAACAAGAGAGGAUAGAUGAAUGAUGAGCCGUUUACAGUGUGGUGAUGUUCCUCUCCUCCCGAAACGUUCUGACCUCCGCUGCCACUUGGCAGCUCCACUAUACAACCGCAGGUGGCGCUGCGCGGCUGAUAAAGGGGGGGCGGUCCGCCCACGCCACCGCCAAGGUCAGAAAACACACCCCCUGGAGGGAAAGCCUUUCUAAAUGUUUUCCAUGGCCACGUUUAGAUAGCACCUCCUGGGUCCUGUUCAUUAGGGAUAUUUUUUACAGAACAAAUUUUAAAACCUUUUGUGUGGGGACGAAAAGAAAACAAUGUCAAUAGUGGGCCUCCCGUUUCACUCUAUUUUUUAUAUAAUGAACAGUAUACAAAACAAUUUCAACUCCAUCCAUGGAUGCAUCUGAAAUGCCACCCUAUCCCCUAUAUAGUACACUACUGUUGACCAGGACCCAUAAGACUAUCCCCUAUAUUAACACUACUGUUGACCAGGACCCAUAAGACUAUCCCCUAUAUAACACUACUGUUGACCAGGACCCAUAAGACUAUCCCCUAUAUAACACUACUGUUGACCAGGACCCAUAAGACUAUCCACUAUAUAACACUACUGUUGACCAGGACCCAUAAGACUAUCCCCUAUAUAGUACACUACUGUUGACCAGGACCCAUAGACAUCCCCUAUAAGAUAACACUACUGUUGACCAUGCCCAUAGACUAUCCCCUAUAUACACUACUGUUUGACCAGGACCCAUAAUACUAUCCCCUAUAUAACACACUGUUGAACCAAGGACCCAUAAGACAUCCACUAUAUAACACUACUGUUUGACCAGGACCUAAGACUAUCCCCUAUAUAACACUACCUGUUGACCAGUGACCAUAGACUAUCCACUAUAUAACCUACUGUUGACCAGGACCCAUAAGACUAUCCCCCUAUAUGUACACUACUGUUUGACCAGGACCCUAAGACUAUCCCCUAUCUAUACACUACUGUUGACCCAUGACCCAAAGACUAUCAUCCCCUAUAUAACACUACUGGUUGACCAGGACCCAUAGACUAUCCCUAUAAUAACACUACUGUUGAAACCAGGACCACUAAGACCUAUCCAUCCCUAAUAUAACACUACUGUUGACCAGACCCAUAAGACUAUCCCCUAUAUAACACUACUGUUGACCAGGACCCAUAAGACUAUCCACUAUAUAACACCACUGUUGACCAGGACCCAUAAGACUAUCCCCUAUAUACACUACUGUUGACCAGGACCCAUAAGACUAUCCACUAUAUAACACUACUGUUGACCAGGACCCAUAAGACUAUCCCCUAUAUAACACCACUGUUUGACCAGGAGCCCAUAAACUAUCCCACUAUAAUAAACCCCAUACUUUUACACAGACCCAUAAGACUAUUCACUAUUCACACCACUGUUGACCAGGACCCAUAAGACUAUCCCCUAUAUAACACCGCUGUUGACCAGGACCCAUAAGACUAUCCCCUAUAUAACACCACUGUUGACCAGGACCCAUAAGACUAUCCCCUAUAUAACACCACUGUUGACCAGGACCCAUAAGACUAUCCCCUAUAUAAUAACCCUCACCACUGUUGACCAGGACGCCAUAAGACUUUAAAAGCCCCUAUAUAACAUCACUGUUGCCCAGACCCAUAUAUUCCCCUAUCUAACCACCACUGUUGACCAUGACCCAUAAGACUAUCCCCUAUACUAACACUAUAACACUAACUGUUGCGCAGUACCCAUAAGACUAUCAGUUGAUAAACACUACUGUUGACCAGGACCCAUAAGACUAUCCCCUAUAUAACACUACUGUUGACCAGGACCCAUAAGACUAUCCCCUAUAUAACACUACUGUUGACCAGGACCCAUAAGACUAUCCCCUAUAUAACACUACUGUUGACCAGGACCCAUAAGACUAUCCCUAUAUAACACCUACUGUUGACCAGGACCCAUAAGACUAUCCACUAUAUAACACUAACUGUUGAGACCAGUGACCCAUAAGACUAUCCCUAUAUAAACACUACUGUUGAACCAGGACCCAACACUAUCCCUAUAUAACACUACUGUUGACCAGGACCCAUAAGACUAUCCCCUAUAUAACACUACUGUUGACCAGGACCCAUAAGACUAUCCCCUAUAUAACACUACUGUUGACCAGGACCCCAUAAGAACUAUAUCCCUAUAUAACACAUGUGACCAGGACCAUAAGACUAUCCCCUAUAUACCCUACUUUUGACUCAGGACCUAAUACUAUCCCCUAUAUAACACGAAACACUACUGUUGACUCAGGAACCCGCUAGCUGUCCCCUAUAUAACACUACUGUUGACCAGGACCCCUAAGACUAUCCCCUAUAUAAACACUACUGUUGACCCAGGACCCCCUAAGACUAUCAUCCCUAUAUACACUACUGUUGACCCGCAGGACCCAUAGACUAUCCCCAAAAAAAAAUAAUAACACUACUGUUGACCCAGGACCCUAAGACUAUCCCCUAUAUAAACACUACUGGUUGACACAUGGACCCAUAGACUAUCACUAUAUAGCCUACGUUUGACCAGGACCCAUAGACUAUCCCCGAUAUAACACUCUGUUGACCAGGACCCAUAGACUAGCCCCUAUAUAACACGAUACUGUUGACCAUGACCCCAUAGACUAUCCCCUAUAUACCACUCUGUUGACCAGGACCCUACGACUAUCCCCUAUAUAACACUACUGUUGACCAGGACCCAUAAGACUAUCCCCUAUAUAACACUACUGUUGACCAGGACCCAUAAGACUAUCCCCUAUAUAACACUACUGUUGACCAGGACCCAUAAGACUAUCCCCUAUAUAACACUACUGUUGACCAGGACCCAUAAGACUAUAAGUCCCUCAUAUCACACUACUGUUGAACCAGACCCAUAGACUAUCCCCUUAUAACACUAACUGUGUUGACCAGAAACCCCCUAAACUAUCCCCUAUUAACACUACUGUUGACCGGACCCAUAAGACUAUCCCCUAUAUAACACUACUGUUGAACCAGGACCCAUAAGACUAUCCCCUAUAUAACACUACUGUUGACCAGGACCCAUAAGACUAUCCCCUAUAUAACACUACUGUUGACCAGGACCCAUAAGACUAUCCCCUAUAUAACACUAUGUUACCAUGACCCCAUAAGACUAUCCCCUAUAUCACACUACUGUUGACCAGGCACUAUAAGACUAUCCCUCCCCUAUAUAGUUACACACCACUGUUGAACCAGGACCCUAAAAUAUCCCCUAUAUAACACUACUGUGACCAGGACCCCUAGACUAAUCCCCUAUAGCACAUCUACUAUUUGACCAGGACCCAUAAGACCUAUCCCCUAUAUACCUACUGUUGACCAAGGCCCCAUUAAGACAUCCCCAUAUAUACACCACUGUUGACCAGACCCAUACGACUAUCCCUAUCUAACCUACUGUGACAGGACCCAUAAGACUAUCCCCCCUAUAUAACACCACUGUUGACCAGGAAAGACGAGACAGAAGAGACCCAUAAUACUAUCCCCUAUAUAACACUACUGUUGACCAGGAACCCAUAAUACUAUCCCCUAUAUAACACCACUAGUUGACCAGGGGACCCCAUAAGACUAUAUCCCGCUAUAUAACAGCUACUGUUGACCAGGACCCAAUAAUACUAUCCACGAUAUAACACACUGUUGACCAGGACCCAUAAUACUAUCCCCUAUAUAACCUACUACUUUGACUCAGGACCAUAGACUAUCCCCUAUAUAACACCACUGUUGACCCAGGACCCCAUAAGACUAUCCCCUAUAUAACACCACUGUUGACUGCAGGGCCCAUAAGACUACCACCUAUAAUCCACAACACCACUGUUGACUCGGACCCAUAAGACUAUCCCCUAUAUAACACUACUACUGUUGACCAGGACCCAUAGAUAUCCCCUAUAUAACCACCACUGUUGACCAGACCCUAAGAUAUCCCCUAUUAACACCACUGUUGACCAGGACCGCAUCAGACUAUCCCCUAUAUACAACUACUGUUGACCCAGGACCCAUAAGACUAUCCCUAUAUAACACCACGGUGACCAGGACCCAUAGACUAUAUCCCCUAUUCUAACACUCUGUUGACCAGGACCCCAUAAGACUAUCAUCCCCUACUUAACACUAGCUGUUGACCAGGACCCAUAAACUAUCCCCUAUGUACCACUACUGUUGUGACGCAAACCCAUCAUACUAUCCCUAUAUACCACACUGUUGACCCAGCCCCAUAAGACUAUCCCCUAUACAAACACCACUGUUACCAUGACCCAUAAGACUAUCACCCUAUAUACACUACUGUUACCAGGACCCAUAAGACUAUCCCCAUAUACACCAACUGUUGACCAGGACCCUAACUAAUCCCAUAUAACACUACUAACUGUUGACCAGACCCCUAGACUAUCCCUAUAAUACACUCUGUUGACCAAGGAGACCCUUCAGUAACUAUCCACUAUAUACCUACGUUUACCAUGACCCUAAGCUAUCCCCUAUUAACACCACUGUUUGACCCCAGGACCCAUAAGACUAACCGCUAUAUAACACCACUGUUGCCCAGUGACCAUAAAGCUAUCCACCUAUAUAACACUACUGUUUGACCAGGACCGCCAUAAACGAAAUUCCCCCUAUAUAACACUACUGUUGUACGCAGACCCAUAAGAAACCUAUCCCCUAUAUAACACCACUGUUACCAGGACCCAUAAGACAUCCCCUAUAUAACACUACUGUUACCAGGACCCAAGACGAUCCCCUAUAUAACACUACUUUGACCAGGACCCAUAAUACUAUCCCUAUAGAACACUACUGUUGACCAGGCCCAUGACUAAUCCCCUAUAUUAACACUACUGUUGACCAGGACCCUAAGACUCUCCCCUAAUAACACUACUGUGUGGACUCAGGACCCAUAAGACUCUCCCCUAUAUAACACUACUGUUGAUCAUGACCCUAGACUAUCCCUAUAUAACACCACUGUUUGACCAGGACCCAUAAGACUAAUCCCCAUAUAUCCCACCACUGUUGACCAGUACCAUAUACUUCCCCUAUAUAAACACUACGUUGACCAUGACCCAUAAUACUAUCCCUAUAUAACACUAUCUGUUGACCAAAAAGGACCCCUAAGACUAUCCCCUAUAUAACACUACUGUGUGACCAGGACCCAUAAUACUAUCCCCUAUCAUACACUACUGUUGACCAGGACCCAUAAGACUAUCCCUAUAUAACACUACUGUUGACCAGGACCCAUAAGACUAUCCCCUAUAUAACACCACUGUUGACCAGGACCCAUAAGACUAUCCCCUAUAUAACACCACUGUUGACCAGGACCCAUAAGACUAUCCCCUAUAUAACACCACUGUUGACCAGGACCCAUAAGACUAUCCCCUAUAUAACACUACUGUUGACCAGGACCCAUAAGACUAUCCCCUAUAUAACACUACUGUUGACCAGGACCCAUAAGACUAUCCCCUAUAUAUCACUACUGUUGACCAGGACCCAUAGACUAUCCCCUAUAUAACACUACUGUUGACCAGGACCCAUAAGACUAUCCCCUAUAUAACAUACUGUUGACCGGACCCCUAAGACUAUCCCCUAUAUACACCAAACCACCACUGUUUGACCAGUACCCAUAAGACUAUUCCCCCUAUAUAACACUACUGUUGACCAGACCCAUAAAACUAUCCCCUAUAAACACUACUGUUGACGCAGGACCCAUAAGACUAUUAAAAUCCAUCCCCUAUAAAAAAUAACAAAACCACUGUUGCCCAGGAACCCAUAAGACUAAUCCCCUAUAUACACUACUGUUGAGACGCAUGAACCAUAAUACUAUCCCCUAUAUAACGCUACGUGUUGACGCAGGACCCUAAGACUAUCCCCUUAAUAACCUAUGUUGACUCAGGACCCUAGACUAUCCCUAUUAACAACUACUGUUGACCAGACCCAUAAGACUAUCCCCUAUAUAACACUACUGUUGACCAGGACCCAUAAGACUAUCCCCUAUAUAACACUACUGUUGACCAGGACCCAUAAGACUAUCCCCUAUAUAACACCACUGUUGACCAGGACCCAUAAGACUAUCCCCUAUAUACACCACCACUGUUACGCAGGACCCAUACGACUUAAUCCCCUAUAUAACACUACUGUGACCAUGACCCAUAGACUAUCCCUAUUACACUACGUUGCCAGGACCCAUAAACUAUCCCCUAGAUCCCCCUAUAUAACCUACUGUUGACCAGACACAUAAUACUAUCCACUAUAUAACACACUGGUUGCCAGGACCAUAAGACUAUCCCCUAUAUAACACUACUGUUGACCAGACCCAUAAGACUAUCCCUAUUAACACUACUUUUGACCAGACCCAUAAGACUAUCCCCUAUAUAAACCUACUGUUGACUCAGGACCCAUAACUAGAAUCCCCUAUAAUAACACUACUUGUUGAACCGUACCCUAAAACUAUCCAGUUAUCAAACACUAACUGUUUACCUCAAAUGAAUUGUAAUCCUCAUCUCAGGACCUAAAUGGUUCUUAUUGCAGUAUCUGACAUAUUCCUCCUACCCACAAUCCUCUCUGCUCUCAGAAUGGCUACACCCCCCUCCACAUCGCGGCCAAGAAGAACCAGACGUCCAUCGCCUCGUCUCUGCUGCACUACGGAGCGGAGACCAACGUCCUGACCAAACAGGGGGUGACCCCUCUACACCUGGCCUCACAGGAGGGGCACAGUGAUAUGACCACCCUCCUGCUGGGCAAGGGGGGCACACGUCAACACUCCUACUAAGGUAGGGGGACAGAGACUCACACACACACACUAAGCAGAGUUGAGCACACAUCCAAUAUCGCUCUAGCAAUACCCAUACGUCUCUUCCUCUCUCUCCUCCCCCCCUCCCAUCUCUCUCCUCCAACGCUCUCUCUCUCUCUCCCACCUCCCAUCCUCUCUCUCCACUUCACUCUCUCUCUCUCUCUCCCCCUCCAUCUCUCUCGCCAACUCUCAUCUCUCUCCCCCCUUCCCAUCUCUCUCUCCAACUCUCAUCUCUCCUCCUCCCCCUUCCAUCUCUCUCACAAACUCUCUCAUCCUCCUCUCUCUUACCCCUCCAUCUCUCUCAACUCUCAACAACUCUCUCUCUCCCCCUCCCCUUCUCUCUCCCCCGCUCCCCAUCUCUCCUCCUCUCCUCCAAUCUCUCUCUCUCUCUCCCCCUCCACUCUCUCUCCAACUCUCUCUCUCUCUCUCCCCCUCCAUCUCUCACAACCAUCUCACUCUCUCUCUCCCCCUCCAUCUCCUCUCUCCCCCUCCAUCUCCCCCUCCAACUCUCUCUCUCCAUCACCUCUCUCUCCCCCUCAUCUCUCUCCACAACUCUCUCCUCUCUCUCCUCCCCCUCCAUCUCUCUCUCCUCUCUCCUCCCCCUCCAUCUCUCUCUCCAACUCUCUCUCCUCUAACUCUCUCUCUCUCCCCUCCAUCUCUUCUCUCCCUCUCUCCGGCCUCCAUCUCUCUCCUCCAACUCUCUCCUCUCUCUCCCCCUCGCCAUCUCUCUCCUCCACCUCUCUCUCUCCCUCCCCCCAUCUCCCCCUCUCUCUCCAUCUCUCAGAGUGGUCUGACACCCCUCCACCUCACACUCAGGAGGACAGAGUGAAUGCAGCAGAAGUUCUGGCCAAAUGUGACGCUAACCUGGACCAGCAAACCAAGGUACACGCCCACACACACUCACACACACCACACCCACCCACACACACACACGCACACACACACUCUCUUUUUCCUAACGUCUUUAUCUUGUCUUCCUCAGCUCGGCUACACCCCUCUCAUAGUUGCCUGUCACUAUGGAAACGUAAAGAUGGUCAACUUCCUCUUGCAGCAGGGUGCCAGUGUCAACGCCAAAACCAAG